UCGUGGGUCGUAGCUAAGUAGCAAGAAGCUAAAUGUUGUAGCCAGGAAACACAUCUCUGAUCUGACGCGACCGUCGCUCGGUUUCCGCUGAGCGUCCCACACACAACAAGUCGUCCUCAGGCCGCUGGUUCGAUUCCCACUGAAACAGCAAGAUGCCCGGGAAACACAAGGACAGCUUCAAACCAGGAGACCUGGUGUUCGGCAAGAUGAAGGGCUUCCCUCAUUGGCCAGCCAGGGUCUGCAAGUCUGACCAGGGAAACAAGAAGCGAGUCCCGGUCUUCUUCUUCGGGACUCAUCAGAUAGGAUGUGUCCCCGUAGAGAAUGUCGUUCCUUACGUCGGGAACAAGAUAAAGUACGGCAGCGGCGUUCGCAUCAAAGGCUUCACUGAGGGAAUGUGGGAAAUCCAGAACACACCCAAAAUCGGGACUAGAGGCAAAAUACCACUAAAAACCUACACGCAGACGACACCUGCUAAACCGACGUCUGCAGCGAAAGCCACACAGGACAAAGUAAAAACUUCAUCUCAGAGUAAACCCGUCGCUGUGAAGGUUGACAGUAAAGUUAGAGCUUCUCCGAUCAAAGCUUCAAGUCAAGCAGAAACGGUUCCUACACGAGCCUCAUCAAGAUCCGCUCCAGAGAAAACGGCCGAGUCCACACAGACUCCUGAGAAGACUGCAACAGAUUCCUCAGUGACGACGAGAAGAAGGAAGGUCGAGUCAGAGGUGACAACAAGCAGAGAUCCACCAGCAGGGGGCAGCAGAAUUGCAAAUACUGCAAGGGACGAAAAGGAGACGACAGCAAACGUGUUGAAAACAAAAAUCUCUACAACGACCCCGAGCAAAGUUACAGCCGAGAAAAAAACUCAAGGUGCCGUCAAAGCUCUGACGACAGCGACAGACGACAAAGAUAAAACCGAGGCGACAAGUCCCACUAUGACCAGGAGCAGAAAAGCUGAGCCCAAGGUGGUUGCAGAGCAGCUCAGAAAGAGAACAGCUGGCAGUCCUGCAGCAAAACCUGCAGCUGGUAAGAAAGCGAAAAACUCUGCGACACAAGUGUCCAGUAAUAACAGAGAACAGAGGGAACAGGAGGAGGAGAAGAGUGCAGCAGAGAGUCGAGGAGUUAAGAGGAGGAGAGAAAAAGAGGAGGAGAUAAGAAAAGAGAAGACGACGGACGAGCAAACAGCAGAGGUGAAGUCAUCUGAGAGACAAGGAGUGGAAAGAAAGGAAGAGGAGAAAAGAAAACAAGAUGAAGGUGUAGAAGGUAAGAAAGACACGAUGACGACAGAAACUCAAGCAAUGACGACGAAGCCGGCCGAGAAAGAAAAGGAGGAGAAAAUAAUGGAAGGAAAGAAAGAGGAGAGGACGAUCAGAGAAACAAGCGCAAAGAUCGAAGGAACAAGAAGCACGAUAGAUACGGAGGCAACAAAGAAGGAAGAUGAGGAAAAAAAGAAAGAGGAGAUGAGAAGAAUGGAGGAGGAACAAGCAAGGAAGCGGGAAGAGAGAGAGCAGGAGGUGAUGAAGAAAGUAAAGGUGAUGGUGAGGAUUGAAAGUCUGGAAGAGUUGAAGAGAAAGACGGAAGGGAAGAAAAUUGGACCAAUGUCAGAGAGAGAAGGGAGGACGAUGACGGAGAGGAAGAAAGAAGAUGAGAUCAAGAAGCAGAGGGAGGAGGAGAAAACAAGAGAAACGACAGAGAGAGAAGGGCGGAUGACGAUGAGGAGAACAGAGGGAGAGAGAGGACAGGAGGGAAAAGAAGAGUUGAAGAAGACAGAGGUGAAGAAAACUGGAGAAGCUGUGGAGAAAGAAGGGAGGAUGACCAGGAGAACGGAGAGAGAGAAAGGAGAGAAGGGACAGAAAGAAGAAAUGAAGAAGAUGGAGAUGAAAAAAACUAGAGAAGAGAGGAUGACAAGAAGAACAGAGAGAGAGGAGGGAAAUAAAGAAGAGAUGAAGAAGAUGGAGGUUAAGAAAACUGGAGAAACGUCGGAGAGAGAAGGGAGGAUGACAAAGAAGGCCAUGAGAGAGAAAGGAGGAGAGGCAAAGAAAGAAAAAAUGAAGAAGAUGGAGAUGAAAAAAACUAGAGGAGAGAGGAUGACAAGAAGAACAGAGAGAGAGGAGGGAGAGAAAGAAGAGGAAAAGAUGAAGAAGAUGGAGGUUAAGAAAAUUAGAGAAACAUCGAAGAGAGAAGGAAGAAUGAGUAGGAGAACGGAGAAAGAGAAAACGAAAUAUGAAGAUGAGGAGGAAAAGAAAGAAGAGAGGACAAAGACAAAGGAGGCGGAGAAGAAAAAACAGGAUGGAUGUGAAGAAGGAAAGAAAGAGGAAGUGAUGAAGAAUAUGGUGGAGGACACAGCUGGAGAAACAUCAGAGAGAGAAGGGAGGAUGACAAGGAGAACGGAAAGAGAGAAAGAGGAGGCACCGAAAAAAGAGAUGAAGAUGAACGUGAAGGAUACUGGCGAAACAACAGAGAGAGAAGAGAGGAUCACCAGGAGAACAGGAGAGGAGGGAAAGAAAGAAGAGAUGAAGAAGAAGAUGGCGGUGCAGGAUACUGGUGAAACAUCCGAGAGAGAAGGGAUGCCGACAAAGACAACAGAUGAAGAGGAGGCAAAGAAAGAAGAGAUGAAGAAGAUGGAGGUGAAGGAUACUGGAGAAAUGUUUGGGAAAGAACGGAGGAUGACAAGGAGAACAGAAAGAGAGGAGGAAAAGAAAGAAGAGAUGAAGAAAAUGGAAGUGAAGAAAACUGGAGAAAGGAGGAUGACAAGGAGAACAGAAAGCGAGGAGGAAAAGAAAGAAGAGAUGAAGAAAAUGGAAGUGAAGAAAACUGGAGAAGGGAGGAUGACAAGGAGAACAGACAGAGAGAAAGGAGAGGAGGGAAAGAAAGAAGAGAUGAAGAAGACGGAGGAAGACAAAACUGAAGAAACAUCAGAGAAAGGGGGGAGGACGACAAGGAGCACAGAGAGAGAGAAAACGAAGGAUAUAGAAGAAGAGGAGGAAAAGAAUGAAGAGGAGACAAAGAGAACAGAGGCAGAGAAGAAGAAACAGGAUGGAAGUAUAGAAGGAACAAAAGAAGAGAUGAAGAAGACCGAGGAAGACAAAACUGAAGAAACAUCAGAGAAAGGGGGGAGGACGACAAGGAGCACAGAGAGAGAGAAAACGAAGGAUAUAGAAGAAGAGGAGGAAAAGAUAACAGAGGCGGAGAAGAAGAAACAGGCUCGAAGUAUAGAAGGAACGAAAGAAGAGAUGAAGAAGACGGAGGAAGACAAAACUGAAGAAACAUCAGAGAAAGGGGGGAGGACGACAAGGAGCACAGAGAGAGAGAAAACGAAGGAUAUAGAAGAAGAGGAGGAAAAGAAUGAAGAGGAGACAAAAAGAACAGAGGCAGAGAAGAAGAAACAGGAUGGAAGUAUAGAAGGAACGAAAGAAGAGAUGAAGAAGACGGAGGAAGACAAAACUGAAGAAACAUCAGAGAAAGGGGGGAGGACGACAAGGAGCACAGAGAGAGAGAAAACGAAGGAUAUAGAAGAAGAGGAGGAAAAUAAUGAAGAGGAGACAAAGAUAACAGAGGUGGAGAAGAAGAAACAGGAUGGAAGUAUAGAAGGAACGAAAGAAGAGAUGAAGAAGACGGAGGAAGACAAAACUGAAGAAACAUCUGAGAAAGGAAGGAGGACGACAAGGAGAACAGAGAGAGAGAAAACAAAGCAUGAGGUAGAAGAAGAGAGGAAGAAGAUGGAAGAGGAGAAAACUGGAGAAACUUCGGAGAGAGAAGUGAGGAUGAUGAGGAGAACCGAGAGGGAUACAACUAAUGAUGAAGGAGAGGAGAAGGAUGUGGAGAAGAAAAAACAGGAAGGGGGUGUCGAGGGGAAGAAAGAAGAGCUGCAGAAGACGGAGGAAGAGAAAACUGGAGUAACAUCAGACAAAGGAAGGAGGACGACAAGGAGCACAGAGAGGGAAACAUCAAAGCAUGAGGGAGAAGAAGGGAGGAAGAAGACAGAGGAGGAGAAAACUGGAGAAACUUCAGAGAGAGAAGUGAGGAUGAUAAAGAGAACCGAGAGGGAUACAACUAAUGAUGAAGAAACGAUGACAACUAGAGAGAAGGAGGAGGUGCAGAAAAGAAAACAGGAUGGAGAUUUAGAAGGAAAGAAAGAAGAGAUGAAGAAGACAGAGGAGGAGAAAACUGGGGAAACAUCAGAGAGAGAAUUGAGGAUGACAAGGAGAACAGAGAAGGAACAAACAAAGGAUGAAGGCGAGGAGAAGGAGGUGAAGAAGAAAAAAGUGACUGUAGGUGUCGAGAGGGAAAAAGAAGAGAUGACGAAGAAGAUGGAAGAGGAGAAAACGGUAGAAAAGCAGGAGAGAGGAGGAAGGACGAUGAGGAGCACAGAAAUGGAGAAGGAAAAAAGAAAGGAUGAAGGCAAGGAGGGAAAAGAAGAGGCAACAAGGAGAAAGAAGGAUUUGAAGAAAAAACAGGAUGUAGGUAUUGAAGGAAAGAAAGAAGAGACGAUAAAGAAGAAGACCGAAGAGGAGAAAACUGGAGAACUGUCUGUGAGAGAAGUGAGGACGAUGAGGAGAACCGAGAGAGAGAAAAUGAAGGAUGAAGGAGAGGAGGAGGAAGUGGAUGGAGGUGUAAAGAGGAAGAAAGAAGGGAUGAAGAAGCAGACUGAAGAGGAGAGAACUGGAGAUACCUCAGAGAAAAGAGGGAGAACAACUAGGAGCAGAGAAAAAGAGAAAACAAAGGAUGGAGAAGAAGAAAAGGAGAAGGGCGGAUCUCCUGUGGAAGAGGAGCAACAGCGCCACCUGGCGGCCAAGAGGGAGAAAUUGUUAAAAUCUCUGCGAGGUCUGAUACAGGAGGGAGGAGGAGCGACGAGGAGGAGGGAGAAGACGAAGAACACGAGAGUCGGGGACUUAGCAAAGAACAUUGAGAUCAAAAAGAGAGAAAGUCAGAGGAGCGUGAAAGACCUUGGAAAGGACGAGGAGAGAAAGAUGGAAAAAACGACAGACGUUAAAAAGAACGAGAUGAAGACGUCCGACAAAAAGACAACAGCGGAGAAGGCAAAGAGUAAAACAUCAGGAGAAGUGACGACGAAAGAAAAGCAAAGUGGACAAAAGAACGAAGACAAAAUGAAUGUGGAAGGAAAGAAAAACGAGGGCGUGAUCGAGAAAACAGGGGAGGAGAAGAAGAACGAGGAAAUGCAGCAGCAGAAAAAUGAAGAAAGGAAGGAGGAGAGAAAAAUAAUCGGAAAAAUCGUGAAGGCGAAGCCUGGACAGGGAACAAAGUUUCAGAUGAAGACGAUGAUGGGAGGAACACUGGCGGUGGCGUUGGAGGAUGACAAGAAGAAGAAAGAGGAGAGGACGGACAAAAAAAUUAUAGAAGAGAAAGAAAAGAACUCAGAAAAGGUGACGGAGAAAGAGAAGAAAUCGGAAGAUAAAAAGAUGGAAUUGAGCUCAGAUGUUGAGAGUGUUUUUGAAAGAAUAAGAGCAAUGGCGGAUGACAAAAAAGAAAAGAAUACAACAGAAGAAGAGAAAAAGAAAGGCAGUGAUGAAGAGGAGAAACGAAAGAAGAGCAGUGAUGAAGAGGAGAAACGAAAGAAGAGCAGUGAUGAAGAGGAGAAACAAAAGAAGAGCAGUGAUGAAGAGGAGAAACGAAAGAAGAGCAGAGAUGAAGAGGAGAAACGAAAGAAGAGCAGUGAUGAAGAGGAGAAACGAAAGAAGAGCAGUGAUGAAGAGGAGAAACGAAAGAAGAGUAGUGAUGAAGAGGAGAAACGAAAGAAUAGCAGUGAUGAAGAGGAGAAACGAAAGAAGAGCAGUGAUGAAGAGGAGAAACGAAAGAACAGCUGUGAUGAAGAGGAGAAACGAAAGAAGAGCAGUGAUGAAGAGGAGAAACGAAAGAACAGCUGUGAUGAAGAGGAGAAACGAAAGAAGAGCAGUGAUGAAGAGGAGAAACGAAAGAACAGCUGUGAUGAAGAGGAGAAACUAAAGAAGAGCAGUGAAGAUGAGGCAGCGCUGAAGAAGAGCGAAGAAGAACAAAAAUCAAAGAGAGCGACUCGGAAAUCUCAGGAGGAGAAGAAGGAAAAGGAGGUGAAAAAAACAAGAGGACAGAAGAAGAAGGAGGAGAAGAUCGAGAAGGAGGCGCAGGGGAAAGACGAGAAAACCCCAGAUCAAGCGAAGAAGACGGAGCAGACGCCACAAGAUGAGGCAGAAACCAGCAAAGAGGCAAAACCAGAGAAGAAGAGCGCAGAAGAAAAGAGUGACUCAGCGAGAGGGAAGGGGGUGGAGGUGAAGAAGAAGAAGAGUUCGACCAUGACGCUGACGGACUCGACUCUGCACAGAAUCCACGGGGACAUCAGGAUUUCUCUGAAGACCGACAAGCCGGACCUGAGGAAGUGUCUGACGGCGUUGGAUCAGCUCAGUAUGGUUUACGUGACGUCUCAACACGUCCAGAGACACAGUGAGCUCAUCGCCACGCUGAGAAAGAUGCGUUCCUACAGAGCGAGCCAGGCCGUCAUGGACAAGUCCUCCAUGCUCUACAACCGCUUCAAGAACACCUUCCUGGUGGGGGAGGGCGAGGAGGUGGUGAGCGCCGCCUUCCUGCGCUCGCUGCUGGAGGAGAAGCAGCGGGAGGAGGCCGAGAGGGCGGAGCUCUGCAGGAGGGAGGGAGGGAAGGAGGUGAAGGAGACGUCGAGUAACGACGGAGGAGGGGAGGAAGAAGAGGUGCAGAAAGAAAAUGCUCCAGUGGACCUGUCCUGAUGGGUCAAUGCUCUUGAAGUCGCCUGGACUGAACCAUUCCCCCGCUGAGGGGUGUCGAUGUGAAUCCGUUUCCCUGACAAUGAGAAUGUGCACAACCGUUUACCUCAUCACACACACGCACCAGUUUAUCACCUGCUCAGAUGCUGGUGUUUAUUUCCUGUAAAGUUUGUUCAUCUUUAGGUGUUGUUCAUGUUUACGUGUGAACUCUUGUUAACGUUCAAUACGCUUGUACCAACUUGUGUUGUAGACUGACUCGUACUCACCAGGACAGUGUUCAUUCUUCUUCCACUAAAACACUCGUUUUUAAGUUGUAUUUUAAUCCUGUUUUCCUCAGAAUGUUGGAUCAGGACAGAUGGCUGAUGGGAAGUCUGGUUUUAUUCAUCAUAUGCAUAUUUUUUAUUCAUCAGGUUGAACGUUACAACAGCAGAUUUGAAGCUGACGUUAAAGCAUUAAUCAGCCUCAUUAAAACCUGAACGUUCGUACUCACACUGCUGCGGUGGAUGUAGUGCCUUGCUCAUAGGCACGCCACAGCAGGUAACAAAGGGUUGUAGCUGUUCAAUUGAAACACUUUGUACAAGUUAAAUGUUUUAUUGUGUGUUUUCUUGUGACCCAGUGAGAUGUUCCUGUUCUUCUUUAAAUGUCUGUUUUGUACAUUUGUAAUUUUUACCUCCACAAGUUUUUUAAAUAAAAG